AAAACCCCCAAUUCUUCUUCUUCUCCAAAAUCCUCCUUACCAAACAAAACCCUAAUUCCUCUCUGUGUAACCCUAAAAAUGGCAAACAAUCCAGCAGCAUUAUCAUUUCUACGCAACCUAGCAGUAACCGCAUUCGGUCUCGGCGCAUCCGCAACACUACUCAACUCCACGCUCUACACCGUCGAUGGCGGUGAACGCGCCGUACUCUUCGACCGUUUCCGAGGAGUAAUCAACGAAACUGUCGGCGAAGGAACACAUUUUCUAAUCCCGUGGGUUCAACAACCUUACAUAUUCGAUAUCCGUACAAAACCUCAUACUUUCUCCUCUUUCUCCGGUACGAAAGAUUUACAAAUGGUCAAUCUUACCCUCCGUGUUCUCUCCCGACCACAAGUUUCUCGUCUUCCUGACAUUUUCAAAACCCUAGGUCUCGAGUAUGAUGAGAAGGUCCUUCCUUCCAUCGGCAAUGAAGUUCUCAAAGCUGUGGUCGCACAAUUCAAUGCGGAUCAGCUUCUGACGGAGCGUCCACAGGUGUCUGCAUUAGUUCGGGAGAGUUUGAUUCGUCGUGCAAAGGAUUUCAACAUUGAGCUUGAUGAUGUGGCGAUAACACAUUUAUCAUAUGGUGCUGAAUUUUCUAAGGCUGUGGAGCAGAAGCAGGUUGCCCAGCAGGAGGCAGAACGGUCAAAGUUUGUAGUGAUGAAGGCUGACCAAGAAAGGAGGGCGGCAAUUAUUAGGGCUGAAGGAGAGAGUGAGUCCGCUAAGUUGAUUUCCGAUGCAACUGCAGCUGCUGGUAUGGGUUUGAUUGAGCUUAGGAGGAUUGAGGCUUCGAGGGAGGUCGCUUCGACCUUAGCUAAGACUCCUAAUGUGGCUUACUUGCCCAAACAAGGGAACAUGCUGUUGGGACUGAACGCAGCACGUUGAUUAGGGUUGGUAUCUCCUUGGUGCUCUAUCAUGGCGAUUUUGGCUACUCUACUUGAUCUCCCCCCCUCCCUCUCCAAAAGAAAAAAAAAAUGGGGGGAGAAAGAGUAUGCAGGUAGCACUGGAAAAAGGGUAGAAACACUUUUGAAUGUAUUUUCUUCAAUAUAAGUUACAUUUCAAUCCAAUUUAGUUGCUUUAGGACAUGAUCUUCAAUUUAAGAUACAGACUUCUGAAAGGUUUUACUGAACAAGGCGUCCACCCCUCCCCUUUCCAUCAGUUGAACGUGGUUGUUUAUUUAAUGAUAAUGAAACAUAUUUUUGUAGCACAA